UGUGUACAGCCAUUAUAAAUAGGAGAAAGGAGUUGAAUAUGGAAACACACAGAAAUGCAAACAUGUCUCCAAACACAAACACUUACACUGGCAUGGUUGUGAUUAUCUUUGUUCACCUUUAUUGCCUUGCGUUGCUAACGUCUUCUGAGUCAGAGUUGAUUGAGUGCAUUCCAAGUGAGCGGGAAGCACUUCUAAGAUUCAAGCAGCAUCUCACUGACCCUACAAACAGGCUGUCUUCUUGGAAUGCUUCCAAUCCCAACUGCUGCCACUGGGAUUAUGUUGUUUGUAGUCAUCUAACUUUCCACAUCCUUCACCUUCACCUUAACACUACUCUACCAUCAGAAUAUGUUGAAUAUCCCUUACCCAGUGCUGUCUGGCUCGCUUACGAGAGGUCCGAGUUUAGUGGAGCGAUAAAUGAUUCUCUUGUUGAAUUGAAACAUCUGAAUUACUUGGACUUGAGCGGCAAUAGUUUUGGAGGUAUUCAAUUUCCUACUUUCCUUUUUCGAAUCACCUCCUUAACUCACCUUAACCUCUCUUUUUCCGGAUUUUAUGGCAACAUUCCUCAUCAGAUUGGGAAUCUCUCUAAUUUGCUCUAUCUUGGCCUCUCAUAUGAUGCCCAUGGAAAACUUCCACAUCAAAUUGGCAAUCUCACCAAUUUAAUCCAUCUUGGCCUCCAAAGUUAUUUUGUUGAACCAUUGGUUGUUGAAAAUGCUGAUUGGCUUUUGGGACUUACCUCCCUUGAAUAUCUUGAUUUGAGUGGUGCUAACCUAUCCAAAUCAUUUAAUUGGCUACACACUAUGCAAGCUCUCCCUUCUUUGCAUGACUUAAAUUUACAAGCUUGUACUUUCGGUGAUUAUAAGCAACCAUCCAAACUUAACUUUUCGUCCCUGCUUUCUCUUACCUUUUCUUUUGCUCCCAAGUGGGUCUUUCAGUUGAACAAACUUGUUUCUCUUACAUGCAAUUCACAUGAUUAUGGCCCCUAUGAUAUUAGAGGUCCAAUUCCCGAUGGUAUUCAAAACCUUACCAUGCUUGAAAAUCUUGAUUUGUCAUACAAUUCAUUCUCAUCCCAUAUACCAGAUUGGUUAUACGGUCUUCAUCGUCUCAAAUCUUUGAAGUUAAGAGAUAGCUCUCUGACUGGGGCUAUUUCUAAUACUUUGGGGAAUUUGACUUCUCUUGUUACCCUUGAUUUGUCAGGCAAUCAGUUUGAAGGAGCAAUUCCAACUCUUCUGGGGAAUUUGACUUCUCUUGUUACCCUUGAUUUGUCAGACAAUCAGUUUGAAGGAGCAAUUCCAACUCUUUUGGGGAAUUUGACUUCUCUUGUUAGCCUUGAUUUGUCAGACAAUCAGUUUGAAGGAGGAAUACCAUCCUCUUUUAGAAAGCUAUGCAAUUUGAGACACAUCUCUUUCUCAAAUCUCAAAUGCAAUCAACAACUUUCUCAAAUCUUACAAAUUCUUUCUCAUGAACUCAAGAGUCUUGUGGCUUCUACUUCUCAAAUCUCAGGUCACCUCACCAAUCAACUUGGAAUGUUUCAAAAUCUUGAAAAGCUUGAUCUCUCCAGCAACAACAUUAUUGGAGAAAUUCCUCAAUCAUUCGCAAAGCUUUCCUCAUUAAGAUUUGUCGAUUUCUCCAAAAAUCAACUUACUGGAAAUCCAUUUAAAAUUCUUGCAUCAUUUACUAAAUUGUUAUCUCUUGCCAUAGAUGACAAUUUAUUUCAAGGGAUUGUACAUGAAGAUGACCUUGCCAAUUUCACUACUUUACAUGUGCUUUCAGCAUCAAGUAACAAUUUCACUUUGAAAGUGCAUCCCAGUUGGAAACCAAAAUUUCAACUUUUUCAAUUGAAAAUGAACUCGUGGAAGUUAGGUCCAAGCUUUCCAUCAUGGAUUCGGUCACAAAAUGAUCUUGUAUAUUUGGAUCUAUCUAACGUAGGGAUUUCUGAUCCCAUUCCCAUUUGGUUUUGGGAAACAAGUCAUCAUUAUUGUUAUUUGAACUUGUCUCACAAUCAUAUUCAAGGCAAGCUCCCAAAAGAAUCAAAGAUUUUUGAAUCUGAUGGAGCAGUUGAUCUUAGCUCAAACCAUCUUCAUGGAAAUUUACCCUUUGUGAGUGAGGAUAUGCUUUGGCUAGACCUCUCACAUAAUUCAUUUUAUGGGUUAUUAAUGGAUUUUCUUUGUCAAAAAUCUGACAACCAAAAAAUGUUACAAAUUCUCAAUCUUGCAUCAAACAACUUAUCUGGAGAAAUUCCCAACUGUUGGAGGAUGUGGCCACAACUAAUGGCGGUCAACUUAGAAAGCAACUCUUUUAUUGGAAGCUUGCCCUAUUCCAUGGGCUCUUUAUCAGGCCUACAAUAUUUGCAUAUACGUAACAACACGCUCUCAGGAAAAUUUCCUAUCAGUUUAAAAGAAAACAAGGAGUUGAUUUUGUUGGAUCUUGGAGAAAAUAACCUCACAGGGAAUAUUCCUAGAUGGGUUGGAGAAAGGUUGGUAAAUUUAAAAUUUCUUCGGCUCCGAUCCAAUCAUCUUUCAGGUCAAAUUCCCAACGGAUUAUGUGAUAUGAAGUUUCUCCAAGUUUUGGACCUUGCACUAAAUAAUUUGUCAGGCAAUAUACCAAAUUGUUUGAACCAUUUGAGUGCCAUGAUAAGUAAAACUAGUGCGAGUUCAUCCAUCCAGGAAUCCACGUUAUAUGCAAGUGAUACUAUAAGCAUGUUCCUAUCGGUGAAAGGAAAAGAUGCUGAGUACAACUACAUUCUCGGCUUGGUGAAAAACAUUGAUCUUUCAUCUAAUAAAUUGUCAGGGGAAAUACCAAUGGAAAUCACAAACUUAACUGGUCUGAUUUAUUUGAACUUGUCCAAGAAUGAGUUAAGUGGUCACAUCCCUCAAAGUAUUGGCAAUAUGGAGUCAUUGGAAUCCAUUGAUUUCUCAGGCAACCAACUCACAGGGGAGAUCCCUCAAAGCAUCACAAACUUGAACUUCCUGAACAAGCUAGACUUGUCCUACAAUCACUUGGAGGGCAAAAUCCCAACGGGCACUCAGUUGCAAAGCUUUGAAGCAUCCGAUUUUGUUGGCAACAAGCUAUGUGGUCCACCAUUGCUGCUCAAGUGUACCAUGGAGGGGGAAGUUCCUGAUGAGAAUGAAAAAGAGAGAAAGAAUGAUGGAGUGAAGUGGGUGUUUGUGAGUGUGACUUUUGGAUUUAUAGUGGGAUUUUGGGGAUUUGUUGGUCCAUUGUUCAUAUACAAAUCAUGGAGGUAUGCAUAUUACCGCUUCCUUGAUGACAUGUGGUACAAACUUCAAUCAUGGAUGUGACUUUAUGUUUCUCAUGUUUUAAUUUUCUGGUGUGCUUGGUUUUUCAUUUGUGUGUAUGUGAUCAGUUUGUAAUGUCUUCUUUUAUUCCCUUUCCUUGUAAUAGUGGAAAUAAAAAUGAAUAUGCACUUGUCCUGCAUGGCUUGUUAAAAUGUAAUCCAGUUAGUAUUGUUGUCGCUAUAAUAAUAACAAUGCGAGUUAGAUUUGUCACUGGCUUUGAGACA